CCGGGCGGGAAUCGCUUCCGGGUGGCGCCGAGGCCUGCGCGGCGGAGCGGAGCGGAGCGGGGCGGUGCAGCGAGGUGAGGCGAGAAUUUGGUGGUCUUGAGAACAUUAGUGAAGAAAGGUGCUUACACUAUGGCUGCUGAAUUGGAUUUCUCUCCACCUGAAAUCCCAGAGCCCACGUUCAUGGAGAACGUGCUACGCUACGGACUCUUCUUUGGAGCCAUUUUCCAGCUUAUCUGUGUGUUAGCCAUAAUCCUGCCAGUUUCGAAGUCCCAUAAGACAGACUCGGACAGUUUUGAGGCUAAGAAUUCAGAGACGGUGAAGAAGCCAAAGGCAGCUGCUCCACAGAUGAGCAAGAAACCCAAGAAGGAGACCAAAAAGAAACGAUAAAGGCCCUAACAGAUGAGCCUAAAAAGACACAAUAUCACCUGUAACUCCAAGGAAGCUUGAUUGACAUCACAGGCAACUAACUAUAUUAAAUGGGUUUCUGGCACUGCGAUUCUUUACCUGUCAGGGGACAAGGGAGAGGAGCUUAAGAGUGGAUAGGGAGGGCUUCUGCGCAGAUUUCUUACAAGCAAAGAGGACUUCCUCUAUCCAGGACUUCAGUCGACAUGAUUAAUGUUUCAGUCAUCAUCAAAGUGACUUAUCGCAUGUCUGAUGGGUAGAAAGGCUUGUGGUCCUCUCUCUUCCAUGCUGGCCAGGGUUGUAUUAAAGUCCCUGUGGAAGGUGGAAUGUGGGUUUGCUAUUGCUAUUGUAUUUUUGAAGGCAGAGGGAUCAAAUGGAUCAAGGAUACCACACUACACAGCUUUGUAUUCAUCUGUAUUGUCGUCUUGUCUGAAAUAUAUAGCUGCAUUUUAUGGCUUAA